AUGACGACAUUUUUCGGUGCUCAACGUCCCCAACAUGGAACGAACAAUUGCGAAAAUUUUGAAGAAGCACCUGUGCCUAAUCAUAUCGCUACCGAUCUUAGCAGAUUACCAAUCCGGUGUGCAUAUGCUCCGAAUGGGUGUCAAGUCCGUUUACUUUAUAACGAUCUUGAACAACAUGAACAGCAAUGUGAAUUUCAAAUGAUGCCUUGUUCACUAUGUCAAUUACCUUUAUCGAAACAAUCACCGAUUGUACAGCAUACGCUACCCGCAUGUUUUGAGCAAAUGCAUAGAAAAAAUCCUGCCGGAAUCCAACAACAAUUUAUGAACCUUUUGAAUGCUACUGAAAGAAUCGAAGUCGACAAUCAAUGGGAGACGAUGUCAAAGCUCAAUUAG